AUAUUGCACUGCUUGGUCAGGUGCUCUGCUAGGAUCCAUGCUAGGGUGCUGGUCUUGCUAGUCAGGUGCUAGAAGUUAGUACAUUGUAAAGACAGUUUUUCCCUCUAGUAGCUUACAGUCUAGAAGGGAAUAGAGGGAGGUCACACUUCGUAAUGAGAAUACCCUGAGAUAAUUGUUCAAAUGGAGAUUUUGUCUGAGUACUGUGGGAACAUGAGGAAAGGUGUGCCUGGGCAUUUCAGGGAAAGUUUCACAGCUAUUUCAGUAUUUGAGCUGAAAUUAGAAAGAUCAUUUGGUGUUUGCUUGGUGUGAGUGAGGUAGGGGUUAGAGAAGGGAAGAGCUUUCUGGGUAGAGACAGCAUGUUAGAGACAGAUAGAAAAGACUAGUGUUAAAUUCAGAGUACAUGUAACAGUUUUGCUGAAGUGUCAAGUGUGAGAGAGUGUCAGAAGGUAAGUAGGCAGAGACCAAGUUAUGAAAUCUCAUAGGCUGUAUGUGCAGUAGUUAAAUUUUACCCUGUGCUGUAGGGAAGCCAUUGAAAAAUUUGAGUUGGGGAGUGACACAGUAUGAUUUCCAUGUUAAGACGAUUAUUAUGUGGAUGAUGUGGAGGAGAGACGAGAGUUGAAGGGGUUUGAGACUAGGAGAAAGGCAGGAGGCUGGUAAAUGGCUGGCGCUGGUCAAGCGAGAAGGAGCAGUUUCACUGUUGGGGUUGAGGCUGAAGGUGAACUACAGUGAACUGAGGAGAGAACGUCUCUUGGAAGCCUGGCUGGGAAGGGAAGGAAUGCUGUGGGUUGGUAGCCAGAAGGGAGAUUCAGGAUCAGGGCUUUUAAAAAAUAUUUUUUGACCAGUAAUGACACUCAAGUUCGUAUGCUGAUUUGACAGAUCCAAUAGAAAGACUUGAAAAUACAAGAAAGAGUAAAUAAAGGGAAAAUUGGUGGAACAAGCCCCUGAGGAGGCAGGAAAAGAAGGGAUCCCAAAGACAAAGAGUUGGCUUAGCCUUGAAUAGGAAGAGAAAGUUGUGAGAUGAGGUCAUGGAAGCAAGGAUGCAGUCAUCCGUGAUGGCCUCAGUUUUCUCUAUGACUUGAGAGGUGGCAGCUGAGCACAAAUGACAGUAAUGAUGACACUGAAGAUGUUUCACUGUUUGAUGCGGAAGAGGAGACAACUAAUAGACCCACAAAAUCCAAAAUCAGACACCCAGUGGCAUCAUUUUUCCAUUUGUUCUUUCGAGUCAGUGCAAUUGUAGUCUAUCUUCUCUGUGAAUUGUUGAGCAGCAGCUUCAUUGCCUGUAUGGUGACAAUUAUCUUGUUGUUGUCAUGUGACUUUUGGGCUGUGAAGAAUGUCACAGGUAGACUAAUGGUUGGCCUGCGUUGGUGGAAUCAUAUCGAUGAAGAUGGAAAGAGCCAUUGGGUGUUUGAAUCCAGGAAGGCAUCAUCUCAAGAGAGCAAAACUGCUUCAGAGGCUGAAUCAAGAAUUUUUUGGUUAGGACUUAUUAUGUGUCCAGUGCUGUGGGUAAUAUUUGCCUUCAGUGCUCUUUUUUCCUUCAGAGUGAAAUGGUUGGCAGUGGUUAUCAUGGGCGUAGUGCUACAAGGUGCCAAUCUGUAUGGCUACAUCAGAUGUAAAGUAGGCAGCAGAAAGAAUUUAACCAGCAUGGCUACCUCUUACCUUGGAAAGCAGUUUUUAAGACAGAAUGCGGGAGAUGAUCAGACUUCCUAAGGAGAGAAAGCUCAUGUGUUCUGUUACACUGGGGAACAACUGAAAAACUUCCUGACUCUGAACCUUUCAGAGCUCAGUACAAGUUGCAUAGAGUAGUAUUGGGUUUGUUUUUCCAUUUACAAUUAUUAUUUUCAAAAAACAGUGGUUUUAUUUUCUUUCUGGCAGUUAAGGAUUGAAGGUAUGGUGUCACUAGAAGCCUUAUCACAAUGUACUUUGUGGUGUGCUUGUGCUUGCACACAGUCUUGUGAUAUCCAUAUAUCCCCAGUGAAUUAAAGUGCAUCUGUAAUGGAGACCUGUAUAUUUUCAUCCCUAGUUAUUUGUAGAAGGAUGUUCUUUGUCUUAAAGUUCUGUGUAUUUACAUAUUGUUUCUGUUGAUGAUUUUAAAAAGAAAAUUUGCUUCUGUGGAAGAGUAAGCACUUUGGUUUAUCUUUAUGUUAGAAAUAAUUUUAUCUGAAACAUACACAAACAAGUAAAAACCAAAUUUGGGCCAGUGGUGUUAACUGGUUUCUAAAAUUUUAUUUUCAUUUGUAACAAGUCAUAUACUGAAGGGUCAAUUCAUAUAAAUGGAAUCUUUAUAGCUUAUAUUAAUGGAUUCCUAGAGUUUGUUGCUGUUCUAUUUAUUUUAUGGAAAGGUUAGCCAGAUUUUACUUUCGAAUUUCCUGGAAGCUCUUCAGUGAUCCCUGGCCAAAUGAAAUCUAUCUUUCACCACUCAGUGAGUAUUAUUCUUAUGUCAUAGUGAGAAUAAUCAUUCAAAUACUUGGCAUAGUAAAUGCCUAAAGGACAUUUUGUUUUAUGAAUCUAUUUUUUCUUGCUAUAAUGGGAUAUUGUAAAUCAUGCAUUUGUAUUAAUGAUAUUUCUUAAAGCAAUAUAUUUAACUGUAAACUAAACCAGCCUGCACAAACUAUUGUAGGAAUCUAAAUUCUGUUGUAGGUACUGUACACGUGGGAGUGUUUUAAUCAGCAUAUUAUUUUGUGAUUGUAUUUAUACAUUGUUAAAAUUUUUUAAUUGAAUGUCUAUUGGAGUGGUAGCUUUGACGGUGCGUAACUUUAUAUUUGUAUAAAACAUGACUGUUUACAAACGCACUUGGACUUGUGUACUCUCAUUUAACCCUCACAACAGGCCUAUUAUAUGUGAUCUCUGCUUACAGGUGGUGAAGCUGAACCUCAGGUUUAUUGGCUGCCAAGGAAGCACAGAUUACAAGAGCCAUCAGGAUUUAGGAUGUUCUUAAAGGAAAUAUUUGUGUCUAAAUAUCUUUUCCUUUCUUAAAAAUAAAACAGUUACCAUCAAGUUUAUUCAGACUCAUGGCAAUCCCAUGUGUGUCAUAGUAGAACUGUGCUCCGUAAUGGCUGAUUUUCUGGAAGUAGGUCAUCAGGCCUUUCUUCCGAGGUGCCUUUGCAUGGAUUUGAACCGCCACCUUUUGGUUAGCAGCCAAGUGCAUUAACUGUGUCACCCAGCGAUAUUUAUAUACUUACUUAGGGAACAUUAAUUUAUUAAGUGCUUGUUUACAGUUUUACCUUAAUAUUUAGCUAUUUCAUCGAGUGAGAUUAGUUGAUACUAUACCAAAGACAUGUUUUUAUUUAUUCUGAAAGUCUGUCAGGGGACAUACUGGUAUAGUUCUUGAAGUAACUAUAUUGUGUAUUUAAACUUGCAAUCCUAAACCAAAUAUGAAUUGAAUUUAGGAAUAUGCAUGUGGCAGGAUCUGCCACUUUCCCCCCAGUAUCCAUUUUCUCCAUCUGUAGUAAUAGAACCUCCACUUAUUAACUGGAACAGAGCAGCCUGGAAUAAAGACGACUUUUCCUAGAUUUCCUUGCUGCAUAAGUUCCAGAGUGCAUCAUGUUGCAGAUGCAUAGCUAAGAUUGAGAUAGGUGAGAUUGUUUACUACGGGUUGCGUGUAGCAGAGACUGUAGUGCUCAUCAAAUACUGUUAGUUCCCCUACAUUGCCCAGUUCCCUGAAUUAGCGGGGGGCCAUGUGGCUAGUUCUAGCCAGUGAAAUGUGUCAGUUCUGGGGGAAGAAGGUGACCGUCUUCACAUGACAUCUCCAACCUUACCCUUCUGUGGCAGCUGGUGGCGUUUAAGAUUGUGGAACCUCUGUCAUCUUGGGUCCCUGGGUGACUUGUAAAGCAGAAUCUUAUUUCCUACUCCUGUUGGACAAAUAGCACAAGUGAGAGAGAAACCUUUGGCAAGCUAAGCCAGUUGACUUCCUGGUUAAUUUGUUUCUGUAACAUAAUAACCUAUUCUGACUACUGCAGUUUUGCAACUGGUAAAUGAUACUCAGCUUAAAAAAAAAAUCCUUGUUCAGUAAUCUUUCUAGUGCUUCAUACUAUUUCCUGUUGCAAGAAAAGAAAUUGAGAUUCCUUGCCCCUUAGUGCAGCGUUGCAAAUUUUGGUGGGGCCUAGAGAUGCUGUAAAUGGGUGACAUUAACCAAGGAAAACUCAACUAGGAGAUCCGCAUCCAAUCUAAGGGACCAGAAGCUUCUCACCUCCCACCAUGCAUUUGUUGCCAGGCCCCUGUCUUGCUAGAUCUUUCAGCUUUUCAAGAAAAAUAAAUCUGGAUGCUUAUAUGAAGUUUGAUCUUUAAAUGCUUGUAAAUUAAAUUUAAAAAGAAAACGUGCAAGGCCAAACUAAACAUUUGCAGGUCAAAUCCAGCUGUGGCUAACCGUUGCUGUUAGUGCAAUGAUAUUCAAAUGUUUUUAAACUAGUGGAACUCGUUCCUUCUAAUAAAGCCUUUUGUGAAGUCCUAGUAUCUAUAGUAAGGAAAGUAGAACUGUUCUGGUAGAAGCACGAUUGGGGGUCCUGAACGACCAGCUCAGCCCUGACCUCCAAGGAACCCCUGCCAGGAAAGUGAAACCAAAGUCUACUGAUUUUAAAGGGUACAUGCUAAAAUGGUAUGCAAAUAUACUUUCCAAAUAAAAUGUAAAUGUCUAAUUCUUGUAAGAAGAGUGGAAGCACUCCUUAAAGCGUUUAUAUUGUAAUUCUUACAAGAAAGGAGGAAACAGCAUUUCCUCAAGAAGUCAUAAUUUAGUGCCAAGAAAAAUUUAAUCUCAUUUUCCAGCUAGGAUUAAUUUUUUAAAAAAUUAAAAAGACACACAUAACCAGGAAAGCAAGUCACACAGAAGAGCUUACAAAGAAAAGAGUCCAUCCUACCCCCAAUUCUGUUCCCAGGAGCAAACAUCUUUAACUGUUUCUGUUUUUAUAUUUUCGGGUAGUUAACCCCCAUAUCUCUAAAUAAUGUGCUUACAGUGUUCCUUGGUUUAUCAACUUUAUAUGUUAACUGUUGACUUCUGCUAUGAAAACUGAACACUAAAAUACCCCCUACACCCCAUGUAGAGCAUUGCAGUGUUAAAGGUGCUACAUACACCUCUCUUUAUUCUGUAAGUUAUACCUGUUGACUUCUAUUAGUUAGGAAUUUGUUCAAUUACAAAUAACAGUGGUUUAAAAGCAAAUAAUAGUGGCUUAAACAAAAAAGCUUUUUUCUUUUCCCUCACACAGGAAGUCUGGAAGUAGACAGUUAGCUUGGUGUUGAUUCAGCUGCUCAACGAUUCCUUCCAGGACCCUGAUACUCCACCGUCCUCAGCUGGUUCUUGUCGCCAUGCUCAUUGCCUCAUGGUCACAAGAUGACUGCCACACCUGAAGAGGACACGUCGGGUUUUAAAGGAAAGAAUAAGAAACCCCAGUUGCGUUUGUUUAAUUUUUUUUUCAGGAAAGCAGAUGCUUUCUUGAAAUCACAGGAGACUUUUGCUGCUUCUAUUUAUGUCUCAUUGGCCAAAGUGGUG